AUGAUCUUGUUUUUCUUUUUCACUGUUCUACUACCAACUAUUUUUGCUAAUGAACCUGUCGUAGUUCAUACUCAGUAUGGUGACAUAUUAGGAUAUCAGACGAAUCUAUCUCGAGUAUUCUAUGGAAUUCCCUUUGCUCAACCACCUGUAGGCCCAUUGAGGUGGGAAGCACCUGUGCCGGUGGUCAGAUGGGCUCCGAAAAUGGUCAAUGCUACACAACCACCAUCUGCUUGUCCACAACCUCCUGUGCCACAAUCAAAACGAUUAGUAAGAUAUGCCAAUCCACAAAUUAUGUCUGAAGACUGUCUUUAUUUGAAUAUUUUUACACCAUUAUCGAGUAACUUGUUAUCGACGAAUCCUCUUCCUGUGAUGAUUUUUAUUCCUGGUGGUGAUUUCCAAUUUAAUUCUGCUUCGGCCUCAGCCUAUGAAUCUGAGCACUUAGUCAAUAACACAAAUAUUAUUAUUGCCCUAAUCCAGCAUCGAUUAGGUGUUCUUGGGUUCUUGGCAACCGGUAACGGUCCUAAUGAUAUCAAGGGCAACUAUGGAAUACUCGAUCAACGUCUGGCGAUCGCUUGGGUGAAACAGAAUAUUGAUGCAUUUGGAGGUGACCCUAAUCAGAUAACGCUAUUCGGACAAAGUUCUGGUGCGCAGUCAACUGCUCUUCAUUAUGUGACAAAAGAGAUGCAAUCAUAUUUUCAACGUGCAAUCAUUCAAAGUGCUCCGAUGAAUUUUCCAUUCAAAACAUACUUGGAGAAUGUACCCACCGUUGUCCUUCUCGCUGAGCAAUUACAUUGUUCUCCAAAUGAUUUCGCAUGUUUUCGAGCUCGCUCAGCUGAUGAAAUUAUCACUGCUCAGAAUCAAGUAAACCAAAAACUAACUUCAUUGGAUCUUCUACUUCUUCUCGAACCAUGGCUACCAGUUAUUGAUAAUGAUAUUGUUCAUGGAACGCUUAUUUCUACAAUAAGGAAUGUAUCAUUUCCACUCAAACCAUUGAUAAUUGGUUCGUUAACUGACGAAUGCUAUUAUAUGAUCUAUGGUGCAUUAAAAAAGAAUGUAACAGUGAUUGAAUAUAUGGCUAUGGGCGUUGGUCUUUUUGGUGAAAAGGCCUUGAAAAUUCUUGAACAUUAUCCACCUUUGCCUUCAGGUGAUCAACGACCGAAUAUCGCCAAGAUAGCGACAGAAUGGAUCUUCACUUGUUCAACUCGUGUUUUCGCUCGAAAAGCGGCCACAUAUUCCUAUGUUUUCGGUUAUCCUGAUAAUACACUCAAUUCACUCAACUGCAAAGAUCACGCUUGCCAUGCAGAUGAACUACCCUAUAUCUUUCAAUCGUUUUGGGACCGGUUCACUGACGUUGGUCGAUACAUAUCUCAUGGAAUGGCUACUUAUUGGACAAACUAUGCCAAGAGUGAAAAUCCGAAUGAACCUUCGAGUGUGCCUGUAUCGUGGCCAAAGUACACAAGUGGAAACGAAACGUACAUGUACAUUCAAAAUCCUUUUCAAGUGGGACAAAGCUAUGUGAAAAGUGAUUGUGAUUUAUGGGAUGAAAUCGGUUACAAAUAA